UCCCCCUCCAUACACACCGGCUCGCAACCACCCAACCAGCCAGUCACCUCAAGUGCGACCGGGCCGGCAGGAGCGGAGGCAAACAAACAGCCGGAGCAGCCAGGGCGAUCCUGCCGCGGGGGUUUGGCUCAGCAACUUAGACACACGGAGCAGAAGAGGAGAAUGGGACGCCGGUGCUUGGAUCAGGACUGAGUCUGGUCGGCACAUUGAGAGCUCCUUCGACCCGUUUCCAAGUCCUUUUCUCCCCGGAUCAGAGUCACGUCUUCACCACUGACACAAUGGGCUGCUGCAGCGGACGGUGCACUCUUAUCUUUAUUUGCACUUUACAGUUGGUGUUGGCAUUAGAAAGACAGGUCUUUGACUUCCUGGGUUACCAGUGGGCCCCAAUCCUUGCCAACUUUUUCCACAUCAUCAUGGUCAUCCUCGGCCUUUUUGGCACCAUCCAGUACCGGCCGCGCUACAUUGUGGUGUACACAGUAUGGGUCGCUCUGUGGGUGGCCUGGAACGUCUUCAUCAUCUGUUACUACCUGGACGUAGGCGGCCUGUCCAAGGACAGUGACCUGCUGACAUUUAACAUCUCCGCCCAUCACUCUUGGUGGAGCGAACACGGGCCGGGCUGUGUGAGGAGAGAGAUGCCGGAGGCUCCAGGGGUCCGCACAACAGAGAGCCACUCCUACAUCACUGUCAUGGGCUGCCUCAUGGAUUACCAGUAUAUUGAGGUUGUGCACAGCGGCACACAGAUUCUCGUUGCUCUCCUGGGCUUCGUGUACGCCUGUUAUGUUGUCAGCGCUAUCACUGAGGAGGAGGACAGCUUUGAUUUUAUUGGUGGAUUUGACCCAUUCCCACUCUACCAUGUCAAUGAGAAACCAUCUCAUCUCCUCUUAAAGCCCAUGUACCUGUCUACGUAAAUAAGAGAGCGUCCAGCGGGGAGGUGGCACAGCAAAUUCCCACGGAGACAAAAUGGCUGUUGUGACACAAACAUCCAGUUCAAUGGGGCACGCCAGACAUUCCUCCCCUUCUCGAUUUCAGUACUUUAAACAUGUCAUUUACUGGUGUACUGCCCAGAAAAGCCAACACUCCGUUAGGGUCCAUUGUUUUCCAGGGAGGGAUGACGGGUUCUGGGAAAAGGGGGGAUUACAGUGCAACAAAGCCUCAUAUUGUGUGUUUAGGGAAGUAUCAGUCAUUUUCUUUGUAUUGAGUUCUCUGCUGAGGUCCUGUGACCUGCCCAUUCUUGUUUAAUACUCCCCAAGACUGUAUAGAAUACAGUAUAUAAAUACAUUGUGUAUGUAAUCAGGGACUGCCCAGCAUUCCCAGUCUGUGGUACUGUGUCUUAGAGGACUCAGUGAUUUAGCAUGUUAUUGCUGGUUUGGCUCAAAUCUUGGCCGGAGGGCUGAAUUACAGUGGAGCCCAUGGAAUGAGCUAUUGUGUGCUCAUUGCCUGUUUACUUUAGGCCAGGAUCUGUGUGCAUAAAUACACAAGCAAACCAGGAAGAGGCAGGGGAGUUGAGAGGUAGAGGGAGGGGAUGAAACAAAAGCACCAAACCUACAGGGGCAUCUGUCAAAAAUAGAAAAUGUAAAUAAUGAAACAAGAGGGGGGGGGAGAAUUUUAGAUUUAGAGUUUGUAAUGCGAACUAUCAAGAAUGGAAAAGAGCGUUGAGCGUAAGAGGUGUUAAAAAACAAGGAACGGCAAGUCUUACUUUUAUUUCUGGAGUCUUUAUUGUUAUCACUAUUUUCACCAACAGCCAAGUAAGUAUUUCUGAAGUGUCAGAUGUUAGAAGACUGGCUGAAAGCUUUGUUUACCCAUCAGUUCUUCUCCUGUAACUACUGACACGUCGGGCUGCUGACAUGGGUGAUCAUUACACACGCUCAAGUGAAGGUUACACAGCAUAUUUUUAACUUCAAGAAAACAAUAGAAUGUUUCCCUAUUCACAUUGCAUACAACAGCAAUGAGUUGUAUGGCUAUGGUCUUCAGUGUAGAAGUAGCGGCCUGUACCAGAGUGAAGCACAGCAUUGUCUCCUGUCACUUCACCAGUGUAGAUUCUCAAUGGUGAUUGUCUCAGUUGUGAUUGUUUUAUAGCAUGUUUUUUACAGGGUUUGUAUUGUAAUUAUGUGUAUAACAUAAAGAAAUUACAAAAUAGGAAAACUGAUGUCUUCUGGCUGUAUAUGAGCUGGUUAAACAGCAACUGAAAGCUUUUGCUGAGUCGUUUCUUACUCAGAUUUAUUUUUUAUCUGACCGAGCAACAUCACACAUUUUUAUUUAGGCAAAUACACACACGUGGGUCAUGUCUCCUAUACUGAUUGCUAGCACCUAAUGUUAAAAAGUACUAAAGUCAGAGCCCCUGUUGCCUUACUGGUUGUGUGAAUCACUACUGCUCUCUGGUGUUUAAAGUGUUCAUGUACAAGUUGCAAGGCUACUGAGUUUCUGCUACAGGGUCCAUAAAUCAUGUUUGUCUUAAAUCUAUUUUUUGCAGUAAAUCUUAAAAUAUUAUGUUUUAGCUUGGUAAUUGUCAUGUAGGAGGAGUAGGCGCUUUGCCCUGCUUGUUUCAGUGUUACACUUGGUCAGUGUUUGAUUUACACUGUGGCUUUCAGGGGAGCCCUAUUUUCGGGGGGUUGGAGAGCUACUGUACACAUGCAAAAAUACACUAUCAAUACAUUUCCAUUCAUUCAGAGAAUAUUUAGCCUGGGACAACAAAGAAAAAAUAGUGCAAUGUUUGUUUUUUAUCCACCAAGCAACAAUAAAAAUGCCUACGCACAGUGGACAGGCAAUGGUUUGUUAAACAGACCAAAGUUGCAUCCCAUGACAAUUAUGAACAUGUCCACAGCCUCAAAUGUUGGUCUUACGGAAAACAUAUUCCAAAGAAAAAAGUCAAUUCCCAACACACACUUUUCACCUCUGCAUGAUUUAUUUAAGAAAAGUCAACCUUUCAGCAACAUAACUUUUCCUGUUAUUUAUUUCAGGAACCCUAAGAUAUAGGGCAGGGGGGAGCUCAUGUCAUUUUCAGGGGAGCCAAGCUCCCUGUAGCUCCGCCUUAUUUCAAACCCUGCACUCCGUCCUUUUCUUUAUAAUUUAGGUCAAGAUCAGUUUUUGCCCACUACAUUUCAAUCCAACACAUUUUCAGUAUACUAUUUGUCUGACUACUAUGUUUCUUGUGCUAAGUUUGAAACUGUCUGCUUAGCUAUUUUUGGGGAAUCAAAAGAGUUGUGAACAAAGGAGUUCAUUCUGUUGUUUUCAGUCAUUUUGUCAGCGCCUAAGAAUAUCCUGCUGCGUGUCAGAUUCCUUUGUGAUAUUAGAUGUUCUUCACUGCCAUAUAGACAGUCCACAAAUUGUUAUGAUUCUGAUAAAUCAUAUGACCACUUCUGCCGGCUAAUUUUGAUUUGAUUGGUCACCUCUUUAUUUCCAAGAUACAAUAAUUUGUCUUUAUGAUUUAAAGUUUACACACCCCUGGAAUGGCUAACUGGUGUGUGGGUUAGUAAAAACACAAAGCACCUCAUAUUGUAACAUAAUCAGUAUUGGUAGUAAAUGCUACUAUGUAAAAACUAGUCUUCCUCUCAGUGCAAUACAGCCUCUUCCUAAACCCCCAGUUACUGGAAUUAGUUGAAACCUGUUACUAGUGUGAGUAUAUGUGCUAGUCUCCAUUGAAAAAGAUUCCACGUGUUUGUAGAUAAUUCUUUUUCUUUGUAUAGAAAGUGUAAAAGGUCUUUUUUUUUUUUUUAUCUCUCUUCUAUUUUGUGUCCUGUGUUGCCUCAACCCCUUGUGACCUGAUUGUGUAAACCUAUUUAUCCAGAAAUGUGCUUUGUGUUCAUGUAAAUAGGUGUUUGUUAAUAAAAGAACAUGCUCUUGUAAUGAUA